UUUAAGUUUUAACCUUUUUUCUUUCUUCAACAUAAGCAUGAUGUGUUUUUUGUUUUUUUUUAAACGUGUUUUCUGGUGUAUUAAAUCUACUCAUGCAUCAAACCUUUUACUCUAAUGUAUUUAUCAUUAUUAUUAGGAUUAUUAGUGUUAUUGUUGUUGUUAUUCUGCAGUUGGAAGGAGACAUCUGACCUGUGUUGCGUCCUCUGCAGAUGGUCCCAGUGCUCCUGAACAUACCCUUGGCCACAGUGUUUGUGCUGGGCUCCAUGUGUGCCGUGCCGCUCCAGGGCCAGAAGCCGGGUCAGGUGGACCCCCUGGCGGCCCACCGAGCCAACCCGCAGUGCUGGGACUUCUCCUCGGCGCUGUUGCUGAAGAUGCGCUCCCCGAGGAUCGCUGACACGGUGCCCGCCUUCUGGGAGCUGAUGGUUUUCCUCAGGGCGUCAGACAACAGCAAACACACGGCGCUCUACUGGGACCUGGCCCGGGUUUUUUGGGACAUCUAUGUGGACUGUGUGCUGUCCAGGAGUCACGGCUUAGGACGGAGACAAGUCACCGCUGUGCACUCCCUCAUUACUGACAAAUCCUUCAGGUUCAACAGCUCAGGUGUGAAUUCCCGGUCAUGGCUCAGGGUCAGAGUGAGACGCCGAGGACAAAUCAAGACCCUAAAGACCAACAAACACUAUCACAAAUAAUGAAUAUGAUUUUCAUAUUUAUACACAGUGUACAUGUCACCAGAAACAAACCCUGUGGGGGUCACCACUCAGUGAAGUCUCCCGCAGAAGCCUCUGUUCCCACCGUUAUUAUUUUGAUAAGCACACAUUGAAAAAGUUUGCAAAGACAACAUUAGUCUAAGUUGACUUCAGAUUGUUUAUUGAUUAUAUACAGUAUAUACUUAUGUGUGCUUUGUGUUUAAUUUGUUUCAGUUAACGCAUACCUGUAUGGUAAGGGUGAGACUGCAUAGAAGGGUUGCUAGAGUUACCUGUAGUUUGAUACACUCUGCACACUCUUUAGGGACAUAACCUUUUGUUUUUGUUAUCACAUGUUCCUAUAACAAAUAUAUGUGCCCGGUUCAAAAGCAAUGCAACAGUAUAUGAUUUUUCUUUUCUCUCGACAUGAUUAUAUCAUUCCUGUUUUACAUUAAAUCCAUGUAUCAUGGCUGUAAAUUGUUAAUCCUUGAUUACACAAGUUUCACAAAAAGUGGAUAAGUGGCUAAACGACGAUGAGUAUUUGCAAACUACACUGCUG